AAAGCUUCUUUACUGAUGGAAGAAAGCGAGUUCUACAAUAAACUUCUGCAUGAGGUGAAAAAAGAAAAAAAAAUCGUAAAGCCUGGAAGAAAUUCUGAGUUAGCACUCUACGUAUAUGAAUAUCUGCUCCAUGUAGGAGCUCAGAAAUCGGCCCAGACAUUUUUAUCAGAGAUAAGAUGGGAAAAAAACAUCACAUUGGGGGAACCACCAGGAUUCUUACAUUCUUGGUGGUGUGUAUUUUGGGAUCUCUACUGUGCAGCUCCAGAAAGACGGGAAACAUGUGAACAUUCAAGUGAAGCAAAAGCCUUCCAUGAUUAUAGUGCUGCAGCAGCUCCCAGUCCAGUGCUAGGAAACAUUCCCCCAGGAGAUGGCAUGCCAGUAGGUCCUGUACCACCAGGGUUCUUUCAGCCUUUUAUGUCACCUCGGUACCCUGGAGGUCCAAGGCCCCCACUGAGGAUACCUAACCAGGCUCUUGGAGGUGUCCCAGGAAGUCAGCCAUUACUUCCCAGUGGAAUGGACCCAACUCGACAACAAGGACAUCCAAAUAUGGGUGGGCCAAUGCAGAGAAUGACACCUCCAAGAGGAAUGGUGCCCUUAGGACCACAGUCUGACCCUUGGUUAUCAUUACAGAACUAUGGAGGUGCAAUGAGACCCCCACUGAAUGCUUUAGGUGGCCCUGGGAUGCCUGGAAUGAACAUGGGUCCUGGUGGUGGUAGACCUUGGCCAAACCCAACAAAUGCCAAUUCAAUACCAUACUCCUCAGCAUCUCCUGGGAAUUAUGUAGGUCCUCCAGGAGGUGGAGGGCCACCAGGAACACCCAUCAUGCCUAGUCCAGCAGACUCAACCAACUCUGGAGACAACAUGUAUACUUUAAUGAAUGCAGUACCUCCUGGACCUAACAGGCCUAAUUUUCCAAUGGGCCCUGGGUCAGAUGGUCCCAUGGGUGCAUUAGGAGGAAUGGAGUCACAUCACAUGAAUGGCUCUUUAGGCUCAGGAGAUAUGGACAGUAUUUCCAAGAAUUCUCCCAAUAAUAUGAGCCUGAGUAAUCAGCCGGGCACUCCUAGGGAUGAUGGCGAAAUGGGGGGAAAUUUCUUAAAUCCUUUUCAGAGUGAGAGUUACUCCCCUAGCAUGACAAUGAGUGUGUGAUCCAUUACCAAGUCUCCUCAUGGAAACCACAGUGAGUCAGCCCUUCACAGAACUACUACGGAAGAAAAUUAUUCAUCACAGUGUACAGUUAAACAAAGGAAUCUCAGUCACACCAAACCAACCUUUUUAUUUCCUGCUCUCUCCCAUAUUUUGUGAAGAAAGCGGGUCCAAACGUGAUUCGAACAACUGUACAGAGCGGCAUAUUAGAAUUGCCCUCAACGGAACUGCAAAUAAUUAUCUGUGUAUGUAUAUGUGUGGGAAAGAGAAUGUAUUGUAUGUGUGUAUGUUAUAUGGACACAUGCACAUACAUACAUUGACCCACAGGACAUUGUAAAAUACUAUCACAUGACAUCUUAAGUAGAAAUAAGUAGGGACUUUUAUUCCAUCCUUUUUUUCACGUUUACAUUUUAAUUAUUAAAAGUUGCUCCUGCCCCUCCCUGAUCUAUUUUGUGCUGUGUAUAUCACUGCUUUAUAUAAGUUAUUUUUUAAGGUGAACUCAGAUGUUAUGGUUUUGUAAAUGUCUGCAAUCAUGGAUAGGAAUAAAAUCGCUUAUUUGAGAGCUUUCAUUAAAUUGCGUGUGAUGCAAGUUAUCCUGUGAAUCACAAAGUGUACUGUCUCAGAAAAGAAGUGUGUCUUCAUCUUUAUGUCAAAUCAAACAACUUCUCAGUAACCUUCAGUGAGUAUUUUUGUACUUUUUAUGUAGGAAAAACAUUACUUCAAAUCAACAAAAGCUUAACUGGAGCCUAACAGUAUAUUUCUGCAAUAACUGCUCUAGAUGGAAUUCUUGAUUUGUCUUAGAUGAUAUGGAAAAUCAUUAAUUAGCUGCGAUUGCUUAGACCAUAGCAAUAAAGUGACAGGGGUCGUCAUAUUUUUAGCAACAUAUUUCCUGUUUAAUAUGAUAAAGCCCAGAAGUGAUAACACAGCCAUUUGCUUGAAUAUGUCACUUGUCACCAGGAAUGCUAGAGCUAAAUUUUUAAUAACAUACUAACGUGAAAUGUACCUCAUUUUUAUUCAGACUUGUGAACAUCUCCACAUAGACACUGCAAAGGAGAUACAUUCAAAUGAUUGAGACUUUCAGCACAAGGGGGAGGGAGUUUUUAAUCACACGCCGGGGGCUCUGGAGUGCUGCUUCUCUACCCAGGUAUCUUAGUAGCAGCAAAACUGACUGUCCCUUCUUGCUGCCAGCAGAGCACCUGCUCUGUUCCCAGGAUAUAGGACUUAUAGUAGAGUGAAAUUAUUGAUAGUAACUAUAUUUCAUCUAGCCAUUGACUUCAGUAGGCUACAUCUGCUUCAUAUAACUGUUCAUAAAACAUUAGAAAAAUUUUAACAAAACACUUCCCUUAUGAAAGCACAUUGCUCUAUGGCCCUUUCCAGAUCUUUUGGGUUUUCUGUGUUUAAUCAGGCAUACAAACACCAAAGUCAUAAUAGAAAAGUCUGAAGACUGAUUUUACAUUCUAAAAGCUAAGUUGGUGAUCCUUUCUUUGAAAAUUGUGAUAAAAAUAACCAUUGAUCAACAACUAUAUAUCCAAACUCCAGAGACUUUGAAAAGCAUUGUUUACUCUCAGGUAAGGGGCAUCCGUCUUUCUUUAGGCGUAUGGUCUCUAAAGUGAAAAUUUGGCACUAUAUUUACUAGUUCCUCAUCCCAGAUGACUUAUUUCUCUCAAAUCCAUAAGGAUUUAUUCCUUCUGAAAAUAAAGAUUUUUGCCUGUGCAUGACAGGGAUGUCAGGCAGAACUGUUAAGAGGGGAAAAGGAAGCUGAAUUAAAAUUUAUGUUCCAGAUUUAAACUAAUCAAACUAGUUGCCAUUAAUCACACAGUGUGCAGAGGCUAGGACUGCACACUGGAGAACAACUUCAAGGUUUCAAGCCACAGAGAGGCUUUCAUGAAAAAUUCAAACGACAAGGUCUUUAACUCAAGCCAAGGUAACCUGAAGAUGACACCUUGUACAGACACAUGAAUUUACCAAGAAUAAUUUUAACUUUCACUUUUUAUGACAACUGUGUGAACACUGAGAGUCUUGUGAUUAUUAAGCUUAAUCUUAUAAUGCUAGAAUUUUGAAACCUUUUGUUGACUCUUUUCUCUAUUGUUACUGAUCUUGAAUUUCUUUCAUUUGCCUUCUAAGAAGGUAUUGUUUCUUAUAAUCAAAGAAUCCUGAGCAUGAUUUUACUUGCUCUUAUUUUGGAAGUAAUAUUGGAAUAUGAAGGCAAUAGGGUCCCAUUAUUUCUAGCCUAUUUGGUCAAAAUAGUAAAAUUGACUUUUUCCAAGGUAUAGCAAUCAAUUCAGCCUAUUUCUCUUUCUCUUGGAACCCAGAUUAGAAAUAGCUAGUUUUUUAAAUUCCUGAAAUCAUUGAAAAUUUGAAGAAGUUGUAUUCAAGAAAACCAGAAAAUAAAGAUAUUUAAUUCCAAUAUCAAAUAAUUUUCUCAUGCACCGAAUGGAGGAUAGUAUAGCUGUAUAUUAAUUUUGUUUAGGUUUUGAAUCAUUUAAACCUUAUCCUUUUCUCUUUUCACCCAUGUUUUCCAUGCAUUUGUGGUGGUCUUUAUAUGUACUACCUGUUCCUGAGUUACUUUUAACAUUUCACCUCUCAGUAACAUUAGCAAUUCUUGCCGCCUACAUUGAACAUAUAAAAUAUACAUGUGAAAUAUAAAAAUAAAUAGGUGAAAACAUUAACUCUUAUUACUCUGCUUUGCGUUCUGCCUAACUCACUACAGUUGAAAAUAUAUGUCAAAGUCUUUCUAAGGUAUGUAUGUCCUUAACCAGCUGCCUUUCUUAUAGCAAAGCUGCACACAGGAACAGAGGCUGUGAGGUGCCACUGAUCUGGUAACAACCCACACAUUGGAUGGGUGAAUGUUCGUGCUCCUUUCCAAGUGUUCCAGUUUGGAUGUUCAGUUGCUGAUGAACAGAAAUUACAUAGCUGAGAAUCUGAGGUUAAGAUUUCUCUAUUGCCAGAAAAUUAACAAAUCUGCUCCCUGAGCCAUGGAAAGUGCCCAAAACAACCCUUUCCCUCCAGGAAUAAAAUAGAGAAAAGUUCCAUUUCUAUGUUUAUGAUUCUCUAAGCUAUCUGAACUCUGUUGCAUUUCAUAGGAUCAUUCAGUUAACACUCUUCUUGUAGUUUAAAAGAGCAAAUGAAAAUAUAUGAGUUCAGUUUGGACAUGAGGAAGCCCUACGUCUGUCCAUACCUUUUCUCUAUCAUUUCAUCCUGAGAAUGUGUAGCAAAGCAUUUAGAACUGUGCCCUUGGCAAAGAGUUUUCCACAGUCCUUAAUACCAUGAAGUCUUGAUUGGGCUUUUUCUCCAUGCCUCCUUCCCAAUCCCUGCAUCCUCCAGUAGAAAUAAGAUACAAACUGAACAUUUUUACCUCUUAACCAUUACAGUUUUCUUCUUCAUAUAGUAUAUAGUUUUCCUAGGGGACGUAAUCACAAUUUCCACUUUCUGACUGCCACUGGUAAUUGGGUCAGUGAAGCAUACCUUGAGAAAUACUGGAAAAGUGAACCACUAUUAAUACACUUCCAUUUGGCAUAUUAAACUUGCACGUGUGUGUGUGUAUGUGUGUGUUGGGGGUGGCAGUGUGAAGUUUGCUCACAAAACACUUCCAUUAUGACUUACGUUAUGUUAUUGCACAACUGGUAACUAUUAAUCCCUUCCUUUGAUUGUAUUUUAUUUCAAUGGUAAAAUAGCUGAUUAAAGUGAUUUCGGAUGGAAAGAGUGAUACAAAACAUAAGCAGAUGGACUCGCCGGCUUUCACAUCCUCUGCUAGCUUGUCCACAUUAGGCUUUCUUAAGAAGGCACUGCAUCUAAAGGUAAGAUCAUAAAUGACCAUCUAAUCCUUGGUCACUUCACUGCCACGAAUUGUGCAGUUAUUACAGUCUUUUGAUGUAGACAUUUGUUUAGAAGAAAUUGAGUUGAUGUUAUUUCACCAAAAAUGUCAACUUUACCCAUGAACUGUAAUUCACAUUGAAAGGAGUGACCUACAGAUGAAAACACCUGAGACCUCUUUAAUUACUUUCCUGAACUAUAUUCUAAAGAGAAAUUAUCAGUUGAGUAGGUCUCCUAAGGAGGAUUUCCUCUAAGUUUCCCAUGUUAACUUAGUACAAAUGGUCUUCCUGAGUAGAAGAAAAAUAAUUUCUGUAAGCACUGAUAGUUUAAUAUGAAUAUUUUUGCUGUCUACAUCCUUAAGUAUGUAGACAAAUAUAUAGAUACUGUAAAAUUUAAAGUGGGACUAAGUGUUUUCAUGUAUAGUUUGUCUUUUCCCCCUUUGCGGAUUUACUGUCCUCAGGAUAAAUUGGACUCACUUUGAUUAUCCCAGUUAUUGAAAUGUAAUGAUAUGUCCCUAGAAAUAUUUAGCAUUUCCAUUUUUUAAGUGAGAUGUGCAAUUAACAUGACAAAAGCAAGUAUUAAUAUUCCUAUUAAAAAAGUAUUCCCAGAAUUUUUUCCCAGUUAACAUUAAAACUUUAUCCCACUUUUCUCUUUUGUGCCAAAUGACCUCGGUACAUUGCCCAGAAAAUGAAAUUUGGAUUCUUCAGUGUUCUCAGAACACAAGACAACAUGUUAUUAGCUAAAUUACCAUCAUGUCCUGACAGAAUUGCUCAGGAAAACGCAAUUAAUCAUCUACUUAUUAGAAAACAACUCAAAUAACCUUUCCAGUUUACGUAAUUUGAAAAUAAAUCUACUUUAAUUUUAGCCACACCUUAGAAAUGUUUUUAAUAUAAACAGAUUAAACUGUGUAUGUGGCUUUCUAUUAGAUUAUAUUUCAAAAUAUUUACUUUCCAUGCAUUACAACAAUUAAAAACUUAACAGAAACUAUACGUUAGAAUGAAUAAAGGACAUGGUGUUGUUUCAAACAUGAAUGGACAAGUCUUUAUAAAGAGGGUUCUUUAUAGCCAUCAGCUUAUUGUACUGUUUAUCUAAUUGUGAUUUUAAGAAUUUAAGAUGUUUUCUUACUACAUGUGUUAAAAUGUUACUUAUAAUAUCUUCCUGGAAAAACAAUUCUUUGUCAGGCUGUUAUGAACGCACAAUUAAUGUAUAACUGUAAUUGGAGUCUGGGAUGCCUCUUCAUAAUCCCCUGUCCUUCAUUCUGCUAUGGCCACCGGCUACCCAAUACGUGUUGUAAAUUUAGCGUCUGCCUGUGUGUGUGCACACAUGCAUGCACACGUGUGCAUUAUUACGUUUUCAAUUGGAUUUAUCACUCCCCGUUUUUGUACAGAUAUUUGAGCUAGUCAUGCAAUGGAAAAGGUUGCCAUAAAGAUGUACGUAAAUAUCCCUUAAUUUCGCACAUUUUCACAUUUAAUUCUAAAAAUACAGAUUUUCAUCUACCGUUUCUACCAUUUCUAGCCUCUAACUUUAUUCCUUAUUGAAAAAGUAAAGAAAUUGUUCAUAUGAAGCUAGCAUAAAUGCUGUCCGAAUGAUAAAAUUGUAAUUAAUGUGGACAUCUGUGUCUAUAAUUGAAUUAGACAUUAUGCUUUAUGUAAAAACCAGGUGUCUCUAAUAUCAAAGAAUUUCUUUAUAUGCAUUUAAAUAGGUUAUGAUGAGUGGCUAGCUCUGUGUGGUCAGAUAACUAAACUUUGAAUACCAAAAAUAUAACUAAUAUUAUUAGCAAACCUGUUAAUGGGUAAAAGUUCAGUAUUUUAUUCCAAGUAGGAUUGCACAUAAUGUGGAAAUCUGAAGCAAUUAUGCAGGUAAUUCUUGUAAAACUAUCCUUUCCUCAAGUACAUUCAUCUUUCUGAUGAAUUAUACAGAUGGUCGCCUCAGCUCACCAUGAGCAUUUGCCCAAAUACAAAUUCUGAAGUAGGUUCUGCACACUACUGCAUAGAUAUUUAAGAAUAUAGGAGGAGGGAGGUCUAUAACUGAGAUUAAGAAUUCAUCCUAGAUAAAAUGGAAACAUAUAAAUUAUUUUUUCAAUAAAUUCUUAAAUGCUGUUUCUGUAGUAUUCAAGAGAAUUUAAGUGUUAAUUAUUUUUAGCAUUAUGGCUUUGAUCCACAUGGUGUCUUCUAGCUCACUGCUGCCACACAUUUGUACGUAGUCUUUAGAAAGGGUAAUGCUGUAAAUCCCACUGGGCAGACACCUUACUGAGUUGAAGGUUACCUCAAGUAACUUAUGAGGCAGUCUUAGCAAGGUGUCUGGAUUUCUGGGAGAUGGAAUGUAGGUAGCAAGGCAACUGAAGAGUCCCUGAAUUGAAACAGGUAGAGUCCUAUCACUAAGAACUUCUCUGGAAGUUGUUACUUAAGCUAUUUCUAAUGGUGCAAAAGUGGCUAUUAGUGGUAGUAACAUCCUGUAGAUUCAGGACAAGAGUAACAUACAUUAAAAAAAAAAAGUAGAAUUAGCUUAAUGCCUCCUCAGCUCCUCUUGGUAAGUGAGACAACAGUACAAGUACAGAAUGAAGGGUAAGGGGCUGGAGUCUGCACACCCAGCCCCACACAGUGAGACUCAUCAAGUGUUUGUUCCCAUAGCUCAGUGUAUCUCUAAAGGUAAAAGAAACCCUUUAUAUCUAGAGAGUCAUAAAAAUUAAAUAAAAGAAAUUCCAGAAGUUUUAUUCCCUGCAAAAUUGUCUGAUGAGGAAUAUGGUAUUGCUGUUUAGAAAGCUCUAGAGCCAAUAGAUAUUAUACAUAUCAAUGUUUAUCUGUCUUAUUCAGUUUGCAAAGUUUCCCUUGAAGUCUGAAGGGCUCUGCUUGGCUGCAGGUGCAUUUCUCAGUGUACAAUGAUGUCAGAUUUUCCUCACGUGACUGUAUCUUUGCAUCUUAUAGCACGUAAUUCUUGACGAUAAUAGGAAACUCUUGAUAUCUACUCAUGUCACAUGAAAAAGUUUGCUUUUAAAUGUGCUCACAAUAUAAUCUCAGUUAUGAUAUA